UCGGUGCAGCGGGAAAACAAAGUUCUACCGAAUAUGACGUCACACAGCUCAUGCGCGACCUAUACGACAGCACGGAGCGGGAGAACGACUUAAAGGAGCAAUUACGCUUCACAGAAGAAGAAACGAAGAUGAUGCGCAAGAAACUCGGGGAUUUAGAAGAAGAAAACGAAAAUUUAAAUAUGCAAAUUCGCAAAAUGUCGAAAAAGGCGAACAGAACCGAUAAGAAUGACGGCGAUGUGGACCAGGACUCGGAUUCGGACAGUCUGGUAUCAGAGGCGGACGCGAGACUCCAGCUAGACCUAAUCGAGCAGGAGUAUUCGGUCCUGCAGAAAAAGAUGAUGGACGUGGAACAAGAGAACGAAAAUCUCCAAGCGGAGGUGAAAUUUUUACAAGAGAGACUGCAUGAAAAGACUCAAGAACUGAGCAUCAAGCCGGAACCGUCGUCCCCGAAUUCGUACUAUGAGGACAAGAUAAAACAGGUGAACUCGGAGGCGGACGACUUGCGCUGGAAGAUCAUCGAAAAAGACCGCGAAAUCGAACGUCUGCUCGCGCAAGUUGACGUCAUACAGCGGACGCGGCAGACGGCCAAGCUGAAGAAGAGCAAAUCGCUUGACAGCGAUUAUCAAAUUAUCGACCUCAAGAGACAGCUCGAUCUGAUGGAACAGGAGGCGGAGAUGCUGAGGAAAAACCUCACCGACCUUGAGACGAGGUACGAGAGACUGCUUUCCGAAAACGGGCAGCUGCGCGCGCUGGGCGCGAGACCGAUCCCGACAGUUCGCGCAGACGACGCCGCGGUGGAGAACAUAGAGCUGAAGGACCGCGCGAGGCGGUUGGAAGAGGACAACCAUUCACUAACGGAUAAAAUCAAAACACUCACCGAGAGUUUACAAACGCUCACGAGAAACGUAACCCCGCGCUCGCCGCGAUCGCAGCGCGUUCCCGGCAUUCCUUCGCCGACCAGCCCCGAACCGGCGUCACGUGAUCUCGCCAGACAGCUGGAGACUCUCGGCGAAGAGAACACAAUUCUACGCAGAAAGAUGGCCGAACUGGAAUCAAAGAGCUCCGAGUCGAGUAAGAAACAGCCCGACGGGUUGAAUGAAAAUGACGAAGAGAAACUCGGGAAGUCGGCUCCCGGUGGCAAAGAGAAGAAACCCGACGAAGGGGAGGCGGGAUCUCGGAACGAGCUUUUGGAGAUUAUCCAGGAUAUGGAAGAUGAGAUUGACGACCUUGUGAAAGUGAUCAAAGCGAAAGACGAAGACAAACUCCGCCUGGAGGCCGAGGUGAACAGACUGAAGAACGAAUUGGAGGACGCUGUAGAUGAGGCGACGAAGAAACAGGAGGAGAUGAUGGACGAGCUUGACCUACUUCACGACAAAAACUCCGUGCUCAGUAACCUUCUCGAGAUCGUCAGCGAGCGGGCGGAAACAGCCGAAGCCGAAUUACAUCAGACCAUUAAGGAUCACGAUGCGCACUCAGAAAGAAGUGCGAGCGCAGUGAGCGCACUGAGUAACGCCAGUGUCGGCAGUGAUGAUGUUUUUCUUACUCCGCCGCCACAUGAGGGGAAACAGGGAGUCAUUGUCAAGGAUUGGGAUAAUCAAAUAAAGAAGCGGGUUUCUUCCCUGGAACGCCAGCUAGCGGAGGAACGACUCAAGGUCUCGACUGCGCAGAAGAAACUUCAGCUGUUAGCGACAGAUCACCAGUCUAUUUCACUCAGCGACGACUCCAAGUUACACCUCCGCGAGAAGGAACUCUUACAGGAAGAGAACAUUGAAUACCAGAAGCAUCUGAAGAUCGCCACAGAUCAGAUCAAGGGUCUGAGAGAGAGACUCCACGUCCUGGAGGAGGAACACUACAGACUGAGAGUCGACUAUGGAAGAGUUUGUGAUGAGCUCGUCUGCUACGAAAACAUGGCUACAGAUUCAGACAAGACACCAGAGGGCGGUGUUGAGCCAUCGGUCGCCAAGACAACGCAAUCCCAACUUCCACCUUUAAAGAUUCCUCCACCGCCGGAUGAGGCCGACUCUGAAACGAGGCGACUUCAACAAGAGUGUGCUAUUUAUAAGUUGAAGUCCGAGGAACUCGAGUAUAAAGUGGAGGAGAUUAACGACAUCUGGAAAUCGAAGAGCGCCUCUUCGGAGAAAGAAAAACGUCUUUUGGAAAUAAAAGCUCAGACGAAAUCUGACGAACUUGCCCUCCUCGAGAUCUCCAUGAAAGGUCUGAAAAACGAACUGUGCCAGAAGGAGAGACAAGUCGGCGAGCUUCAAGACGCGAUCAGCGAGAAGUCGUGCGCUCUCGCGAGACGAGACGAGAUCAUACAGGACCAAGAUGACGUCAUCAGACAACGCGACCAGCAGUUCCAGACGCUGCUCGACCAGAUCUCACAGAGGGACGAGAAUAUCCGAGAGUUGCGAGAGACGGUGAGAACGCGAGACGAGCGACUGAGGGAGAAGGACGAAAGGCUCUUUAAGCUUAAUUCCAGCAUCGACGGAAACCAGCGAGACAUCACGAUGUUGACCGACAAACUGAAAGACGUCACUGGCCAGCUGAGCGAGAAGGACGCCGUGGUGUCGGUGCUGCAGCAGCAGAUAAGCCACAGCGUCCCGCGCGACACUGGCAGCGAGACGGACAUCGAAAAGGAAAACGCGGGACUCAAGGAACAGAUAAGGACUCUGCAAUACGAUCUACAGACGGCGAGAGUGGAGAAGGAGGUGUGUCAGGGACAUCUGGCCAAGAGCAAACACGCCCUGGAAGAGGCCAUCUUGAUGUGGGAGAAGGACAAGUCGUCCAUGGAGAUGAGUCUCAACAUAGCAGACGAGAAGAUGAGGAUCUACGAGACUUUCCCGGGCAUGGAAAAGACGGAGGCGGCCGAAGCAAUCAGGUCAGACGCGCAGGCGUACUUCAAGGAGAAGGAGGAGCUGGCACGUGACCUCCAGCACGCGCGGAAGGAGCACGAGACCAACGUGAAGGAGACCAAGGAGAUGAACGCCAAACUUCAGGUCGAGGUGACCUCGUUGUCGAAGAAGGUCAAGGUCCUGGAAGAGGAGAAGGCAAAGCUGCUGUCGGAAAUAGAGAGACUGAGACCGCAGUGUGAGAUGGCGUACCGUCUGCAGCAGGAGGAGCGUGUGCAGCGCGCGGAGCACCUGGCCGUGAAGGUGCGUUACGAGACGCGCUUCGAGAAGAUGACCAACGACUACUCCAAGAUGGUCGUCACUGUGGAGAAGCUGCAGCGCGAACGAGACCUCGACAAGCAGAUCAUCCAGGGUGUGCAGAGAGGACUCGCCCAGUUGAAGGACAACUACACGCACGACCUGCAGCGCUGGGACGACGAGAGGAAGUACCUCGAGAAACAGCUAGCCGAGAUUGAAGAAUCGCAGGACAUAGUUGAGAGUCUGCGGAAGAAGACCCAGGAACUGAUAGAGAGAAUCGCGGACCAGGAACGACUCCGGACCGACAUGAUUAACAAGUUCGCCAUGGACAGGUCGAGCUGGGAGAUAGAGCGAGCAGGCAUGCAAAGUCGAAUAAACCAGAUGGAAGAAAAGCUAUCUGUGACGUCACGAGCGCAAACUCGAGUCAGCAGCAUGGAAACUGCGUGGGAAAAAGAACGCGAAGAACAAAAACGCCUACUGAUUAAAGCCCACAACCUUGCCCUUGACCUUCAAGAGCAGCUGAAGUCACGUGAUGAAGCAUUUUCGCACGAACGUAAAGAAUUAGUCAAACAGUUUGAAGGAGAGCGUCAAAAAUGGUCGAAAGAUCGAAAAGACAAAGACAGGAAAAUAUUAGAGCUGGAGUCUUGCGGGAAGAAACUGGUCUCCUUGCAGAAGAAGCUCAAAGACUUGCAGGAGAAGUGCGAGCGAGAACAUGAAGGAGCCGUGAAGGAGAAGACGGAACUCUUACAUCGCCUAGCAACCGAGCGCCACGCCCACUCCAAGGACGCGCAUAGGGUGGAGGAAAUUUUAAAUGGGUUCGUUCGACUCAAAGAACUGGGUACACUGAUAGCCCACGAGGGGGAAGGGAAGAUGACGUCAUCAACAGACGGCAGACGAGUCACGGGUACUGGUACAGCGGGCACGGACAAGUCUAAAGUGAUCGACCAGACUGUUGUUAAGUACAUCAAAGAUGCGUUAGUGCAAAUUACAGCCGCAGCGGACGAACUUUCUAAGCCUGCCGGGAACGGAAUAGAAGGGAAAGCGAAACUUCGGAGAAGUCUCUCUAGCUCUGAGCUCGACUUGUUGAAGGAAGAACUGGCGGAGCUGCAGGAACGUGAUGACAUUUACGUCAUUCCUGAACGAGACCGGAUAUCGUCUGCCGCCCCUGGUGGCGUCACGAGGCUCGUGCAGCGCAGCAGCACGUUCGACAGCUCGCCGUACCCACGUGACGUCAGCGUCCUCCCGCCAAUAUCGCACACGUCUGCUCAUCUGUCUGAUCGCGCUCCUUCCUACGAGUCAGGCACUCACAGCGCCCACACUUCCAGGUGCAGUUCUCCUGAGGAAAUCAUCGAUACAGAGUCAAGAAAAUCCUCAUAUCCAUCACCUCCUCCUAGCAUCAUAAUACCAGCUCACUCCAUGUCUAGCAAACCAGAAUCGAAAACCUCUUUGAAGGAUUUGUUAAAACCUUCCAGACCCAAAUUCCUGAUGAAGAGUGCAUCCGUGGACUCUCCUCAAGAACCAACUGUGUUGUCCAGUAGGUCUGCUGGUCUUCCUCAUCAAAGUCUGUCUGCUGAUACCACGCCAACAGAACCAUUCCACUUUCCGUCCGUAGAGAUGCAGGCAUCACAGCGCCCAGGGCUUUCGUCUUCCCUACAGCCUCCUGUGACAGGUAGCGUGGAAAGGCUGUCACCUCGAUCGGCGAGGAAGAAGUUUUUCGAGGAGCAGCCGGUUUCGGAUAUCGGCUUCAUGUCUUGGCCUGAACGGAAGUCUGGAGCGUUUGCGCACAAACGACAGCCUAGCUUGCCAGACCCUGAGGAAAUGAGGCGGGUAGCCGAGGAGGAUUACUCGUCUCUGCUGUUGAAAUUAGAGACGAAACCCGCAUCACAGAUGAAAGUUUCGACCUCUCUGGAUGAGAAGAUACACUUCAGAGUGGCACUACCCUCUGACGCCAGCCCGACACAUGCUGGCUCCGAAUUGGGAGCUGGAGCUGGUGCAGCGACUCAGCCCAAAUCAAAACUUUCCACAGCUAAGGAGAAAAGGAAAUUCUUUAAGAAGUCCAACAGUGUUGAAGGAACCGUUGGAACGAGCAUUGCCAAAAUUGGGACAAUAAUCAUGCCCCCAGCUGCGCCAACGGGUUUCACGCCUCCGGAUAUUUUCAUUUCGAUGAAGAGUAGAUUCAAGCUGCCCUUCCGGAAGCAGAAAGAUGGGAAGGGUUCGGAGCCUCGCUCUCCAUCUCCCUUGCCGGCGCAGUUGUCACCGGAAGUGAGCACGAAAGACGACUCUUCACUUUCUUCUGUCUCCACUACUCCAUUCCACAGCCCAGACGAACCAGCUAAAAAGGAUAUCGCUGCUGAAGCUAUGCCAGAGAAGGAAACCAGUCAAACCUUGCAGUCGAGAUCUUCACGAGAAGAUACAAAACCCGCAGACAAAAGAUGGCGGUCACAGUCGGCUGAUCGAGCUGUUCACCAGGCGUCUAGACCGGUGGUUCGUCUCCAGGGAGACCAGCUCUCCCCCUCACAGGUGUGGCAGUUCAGCGAAACGGCUGUGUGAGAAGACCCCCCCACCCCCACCCCCCAACAACCAGACGACAAUCAGGUCAUACGAAUCUACAAUUCAAAACUAAACACAUCAAACGUUGAUGCGUGAAGAAAACUAACAAUGCAAAAGACACAACCAAAACGAAAAUGUUUAUCAUAUUACUGUGCUCUUGUCUUUAUUGUUGGCUAUACCCUAGCACCGGCCUCAGUGGCGCAGUGGUUAAGCCAUCGGACUACAGGCUGGUAGGUACAGGGUUCACAGCCCGGUACCGGCUCCCACCCAGAGCGAGUUCUUAAAGGCUCAGU